CCCCACAACAUCACUCCCCACCCCCCAGGUCUCCGGCGAAGUCUCCUCGCCCCUCGCGCUCCGCAUCUCGUCGCCGACGAACCAAAACCCCUCACAAAAUCCCUUCUGAUGCGGGCUUCAUAGUCCGGCUCCUCUGCCGUGUAGCAACUCGGAUCGACGCGGCGGCCGGCGGGAGGGCUUUUGGGUCGAAGCGCGUCUUCACCCAUGGCGGCGGCACGAGGGUCCCGAUCUGGGGUUUCGCGGGCGGCGUUAGCGCUGGUCGCGGCGGUUCUCGUGGGAUGCCUAGCCGGGGGCGUCUCGGCUGCCGAGAUCCGGCGGCAGAAGAACGUGCAGGUGGCGCUCCGGGCCAAGUGGGCCGGCACGCCGCUGCUGCUCGAAGCCAAUGAACUACUUUCAAAAGAACGGAAGGACUAUUUUUGGGAUUUUGUUGGCCAAUGGAAGGAACUGGACAAAGGAUCUGAAUGUCUGACUGCCAAAUGUUGUGUUCAGAAGAUUGUUGAGGAUGUCCGCUCACUUCUCAGCGAGGCACUGGCUUCAGUUUUUGAGUUUUCUCUUACCCUUAGAUCAGCAUCGCCGAGAUUAGUGCUGUAUAGACAGCUCGCAGAGGAGUCUUUAUCUUCACUUCCUGUCAAGGAUGAUGCACUGGAGCAAAUUCCUGGCAACGGGCCUGUGGAAGAAACUUGCUGCUGGGUAGAUACAGGGAGCACUUUAUUGUUCAACUCAGCUGAUCUACAUAAAUGGUUAGAGGGAUCAGGCAAAGGGGACUCCACUGGACAACCUGAACUCUUUGACUUUGACCAUGUGUAUCCUCGCUCAAAUAUUACUGCUCCAGUUGCUAUAUUUUACGGGGCUGUUGGGACAAAAUGCUUUAGAGAGCUGCAUGUUCAUUUGGCAGAAGCGUCAAAGCAGGGAAAAGUCAGAUAUGCUCUGCGUCCUGUUCUGCCAUCUGGAUGUCAGGCUUCAUCUAGCUUUUGUGGUUCCAUUGGUGCUGCAGAUGCAGUCACUUUGAGUGGUUAUGGGGUGGAACUCGCCCUAAAAAACAUGGAAUACAAGGCCAUGGAUGACACUGCUAUAAAGAAGGGUGUUGCUCUGGAAGAUCCUAAAACUGAGGACCUCAGUCAAGAAGUCAGAGGAUUCAUAUUUUCCAAAAUUCUGGAACGCAAGCCAGAGCUAAAUGCCGAGAUUAUGGCCUUUAGGGACUCUCUGUUGUCAUCAACAGUAUCUGACACACUUGAAGUCUGGGAACUCAAAGACUUGGGUCAUCAGACAGCACAGAGGAUCCUUCAUGCAUCAGAUCCUUUACAGUCAAUGCAGGAAAUCAAUCAAAAUUUCCCCAGUAUAGUGUCUUCACUAUCACGAAUGAAGCUUGAUGAUUCCAUAAAAGAUGAGAUCAUAGCAAAUCAGCGGAUGGUGCCACCUGGCAAGUCACUAAUGGCUUUGAACGGUGCUUUGAUUAAUAUUGAGGACCUUGAUCUCUACCUGUUAAUGGACAUGGUCCGUGAAGAGUUGUCUCUGGCUGAUCAAUUCAUCCGAUUAAAGCUGCCUCAAAAUGCUGUCCACAAGAUCCUUUCAGCAGCGCCACCAGCAGAAUCUAAUUCAUUCCGGGUUGACUUCCGGGGUUCCCAUGUUCACUAUCUUAAUAACUUGGAGGAAGAUGACUUGUAUAAAAGGUGGAGAAGCAACCUCCAAGAGCUGUUGAUGCCAGUAUACCCUGGUCAGAUGCGCUACAUCCGUAAAAAUUUAUUCCACGCGGUUUAUGUGUUCGAUCCUGCUUCAGCCUGUGGUGCAGAGACCAUUGACAUGAUCCUGUCCAUGCACCAAGAUAAUGUUCCUGUAAGGUUUGGUAUCAUAAUGUACUCUUCAAGACUCAUAAAUGUUAUUGAAGAAAAUGAUGGAUCUAAAAGCGAGGAGGACACUUCUACUUUGAUAAUGAGGCUUUUCUUGUACAUCAAGGAGACAUACUCGACACAGUUGGCAUUCCAAUUCCUAAGCAAUAUACAUGGUUCGAGGAAUGGUGGCGAUGACUACAGUGAAGAGCCCGUGGAAGCUCAUCAUGUGGAAGAAGCAUUUGUUGAUUCCUUAUUGUCAGGUGCUAAAUCUCACCCUCAAGAUGAGCUGCUGAAGUUGCAAAAAGAGAACUUGUACAAGCAAGAGGCUGAAGAAAAUUCUCGUUUUGUUCACAAACUCGGAUUGUAUAAGCUCCAGUGUUGUUUAUUGAUGAAUGGACUCGUUCAUGAAUCAAAUGAGGAUGCGACCAUGAAUGCUAUGAACGAUGAGCUUCCUAGGAUACAAGAACAAGUCUACUAUGGGCAUAUCCAGUCCCAUACAGAUGUUUUGGAGAAAUUUUUGUCAGAAAGUAGCUUCAAGCGGUACAAUCCAUCAAUUACUGGAAAGAACACAGAGAAGAGAUUUGUUUCAUUAUUUGCAUCGUAUCAUCAAGAAGAUUCUGUACUUCAUGACAUAAACUACUUACAUUCUCAUGGAACUACAGAUGAUGUGAAACCUGUAACUCAUCUAUUUGCUGUUGAUCUUUCUUCGAAGACCGGGACAAAGUUGCUUCAUCAGGCCAUACGUUACCUGAUGGAUGGGCCUAAUAGAGCUCGUGUUGGUCUACUACUAUAUGCCCGCCGUGAUAGUGUUUCUACUAUUUUACUUAUGAAGGAUAUCAUUGAUAGAACCAUUUCAUCUUUUAGCAACACGGAAAAGGCACUGAACUUCCUUCAUGGGCUCUGCAAAUUUUAUGAAGGUCAACAUAUGGUGGUCUCUUCCGCAGUUGGUGAUAGCAUUAGCACUAUAAUGGACAAGGUGUAUAGCUUAGCUGCUGAAACUGCCUUGCCUGUUGAUGAUUAUAGAGCGUGGCUAACAAGUUUUUCUGCGGAUACAGUUCUCAAAGGGAUUGACAAGUUGUCAGACUUCUUGUUUGGUCAAUUGGGGCUUGAAUUCGGUAGCAAUGCUGUGAUUACUAAUGGACGGAUUUUUGUUGUGGGUGAAGGCGACUCGUUUUUAACCGAUGAUUUAGGUCUCCUUGAGUCUAUGGAGUAUGAGUUAAGAACGAAAUACAUACAUGAAAUAAUUGAAGAGGUUGAAUGGACAGGUGUUGACCCUGAUUACUUGACAAGCAAAUUCUACAGUGAUAUUACCAUGCUGGUGUCCUCAUCAAUGUCUGUCCGUGAAAGACCAUCUGAAAGAGCCCAUUUUGAAAUUUUAAAUGCGGAACACAGCGCAAUUAAACUGAAUAUUAUGAAUUCGAGUAUUCACAUUGAUGCUGUCAUUGAUCCACUAAGUCCGGCUGGGCAAAAAAUUUCUCCACUUCUACGCAUACUCUGGAGACGGAUUCGACCCAGCAUGAGAAUUGUCCUUAAUCCGAUUAGUUCCCUCGCAGAUCUUCCUUUAAAGAACUACUACAGAUUUGUUCUUCCGUCGAUGGAUGAUUUUAGCAGUACAGAUUAUUCUGUACAUGGACCUAAAGCUUUCUUCUCAAAUAUGCCACUAUCUAAAACACUGACAAUGAACAUCGAUGUUCCUGAACCAUGGCUUGUUGAGCCUGUCGUUGCCAUCCAUGAUUUGGAUAACAUCCUAUUGGAGAAUCUUGGGGAUGUUAGAACAUUGCAAGCUGUAUUUGAACUUGAAGCGCUCCUCCUUACAGGUCAUUGCAUGGAGAAAGAUCGAGAACCUCCCCGUGGACUACAGUUUAUCCUUGGCACCAAACAAAGACCACACUUGGUAGACACACUUGUCAUGGCUAACUUGGGUUACUGGCAGAUGAAAGUCUCCCCAGGGGUGUGGCACCUACAACUCGCUCCUGGGCGUAGUGCUGAUUUGUAUGAGUUACCUUCGAAACUUGUUGCCAUUGAUAGCUUGAGGGGCAAACUUAUACACAUUGAAGUGCAAAAGAAAAAGGGCAAGGAGCACGAGGACUUACUAAAUGCUGCCGAUGACAACCAUUUCCAGGAAAAGACGGAUAACAAAGGCUGGAAUACCAACCUUUUGAAAUGGGCUUCUAGUUUCAUUAGUGGUGAUGCAUCAUUAAAAAAGAAAGCUGAGAAAAACACUGCCCUUAAGGAUGCAAGACAAGGGGAGACAAUUAACAUAUUUUCUGUUGCUUCUGGGCAUUUGUAUGAGCGUUUCCUCAAAAUUAUGAUCUUGAGUGUUUUAAAGAACACUCAAAGGCCAGUGAAAUUUUGGUUCAUAAAGAACUAUCUAUCUCCACAAUUUAAGGACGUCAUACCCCACAUGGCUCAGGAAUAUGGAUUCGAGUAUGAGCUUAUCACGUACAAAUGGCCAACGUGGCUGCACAAACAGAAAGAGAAGCAACGGAUUAUAUGGGCGUAUAAGAUUUUGUUUUUGGAUGUCAUAUUUCCACUUUCUCUGAGGAAGGUUAUUUUUGUCGAUGCUGAUCAAAUUGUGAGAACAGACAUGGGAGAGCUGUAUGACAUGGAUCUGAAGGGCCGUCCCCUUGCAUAUACUCCAUUCUGUGAUAACAACAAGGAGAUGGAUGGCUACCGAUUCUGGAAACAAGGUUUCUGGAAAGAUCAUCUGCGAGGAAGGCCAUACCAUAUCAGUGCUCUUUAUGUUGUUGAUUUGGCCAAAUUUCGACAAACCGCUGCUGGGGAUAAUCUACGAGUUGUUUAUGAAACACUCAGCAAGGACCCCAAUAGUCUAUCAAAUCUUGAUCAGGAUCUUCCGAAUUAUACUCAACAUAGUGUGCCCAUAUUCUCACUCCCUCAAGAAUGGCUCUGGUGUGAAUCUUGGUGUGGAAAUGCCACAAAGGCAAGAGCAAAGACCAUUGAUCUCUGCAACAAUCCAAUGACAAAGGAACCGAAGCUUCAGGGUGCUAAAAGGAUAGUUCCAGAGUGGGUCGAUUUCGACAGUGAAGCAAGGCAGUUCACCACACGAAUUUUGGGGGAGAAUGCAGAGAUUGCCGAGUCCACUUCUCCACCCUCUGAUGCACCAAAGCCUGAUGAUAAAGACUUGAGCCAAGAUGUGAAAGAUGAGCUAUGAGCUACCGCCUCAACCUUAGCUUGAUCAUCUUCGAAGCAAGACAACUAUACUGGUCUGAUGCCCCAGCAGAAAACAUAGUUGGUGCACAGGAUAACAAAGUGCAGGCCCCAUAGCAACUGUAUCAGUAACUGUAAACACAUUAUACCUGUAGCACAUUGGCCAUGUCCCUGUCGCCAUCAUCGACGCAGCACACCAGAGCAUUUUUGUACACCCAAAUUCUGUAGGGCUAACUUGCCUGAUGUAGAUUGAUGAUGGAUCAAUGUAGUAUCUAGAUGAUAGAUGUGGCGAACGUUUCUCUAGGAAACUUUGUGACUAAACAAUUUAUAUACUCAAGAUGUUGCUAGUGCUAUAAAACAUAUCCCUUUUGCUA